GCCUGGCAGUGGCAAUUCGUACGCUGUCUUCGUCACGUUGGAGGGAACUUAUCGGUCCGUCAAGUUCGAAUUUACGCGCGUACUUCGAGCCAACUCAGUUCGGUUUUCCCCGACAGCUUCAGCGCUGAUUUCAGCUUCUAGCUUAGCUGCGAAGCUGACGUGAUAGUUCUAAUUAAAUUGCUGAUCAGGAUAUACCGGAAAUGCUCUAUUGACAUUCUCCGAAGGAAUUGAAGCAGUCAUUUGCAUGUUGUGCGUGACCGGGAAAUUGGUCUUUGCUCUUCCUCGAUCAGCGUGCAAAACUGUGCCAGUUAAUAGUGAGUGAAUGACUUAAUUUUCCAACAGUUUGCAGCUGUGACUAAAUUCCUACGGUGAAACAAUGGCAAAGGUGGUGAUAGUGUCUGCGGAACUGGUUACAAUUCUGUUGAUCAGUGUUGGCUGUCUAGUGCUUGGAGCGAAAAUUUCUGAAGAACCCGCUACCAGCGUUCAUCAUGUGGAAGCUGUGGUAGGCCAAAUGGCAAAGCUACCUUGCGACAUCAGACCUACAGUGGCUAAUGACAGGAUAACCAUCGUGAUCUGGUUCAUGGAGCUAAAGAACCGAAGCGACGGCAACAUCAAAAGAAAAAACCCAGUUCCCAUAUACUCAUUGGAUGCUCGUGAUGAUUCGCAAGAAUCUCCAGUGGAAUGGAUUGAUGAGAAGCUACUGGGCAAAAGGGUCGUUUUCAUGCGCAACGAAAACCCGGCAAUUCUCAUGUUCAACUUGGUUGAAAGGGACGAUGAGAACAUCUACUAUUGCAGAGCGGACUUCAAACACACGCCAACAAGGAAUAUUAAAGUGAAUCUUACAGUUACCAUUCCACCUGAAAAAGUGAUGAUAAUAGACGUGAACGACAGCCACAUAAAGGACUACAAAUUGGGCCCAUUUAACGAAGGAACCUCAGUCAACAUCACUUGCGAAGCGACUGGAGGUGUUCCAGUGCCAAAUGUUACUUGGUGGCUGGAAAAUACCCUUCUGGACAAAUCCAUGGAUUAUAUCACCAUCCAUAGCGACGACCCGUACCAUUUUUGGCACAACAUCACCAAAAUGAAAGUUCGCAAUGUGCUUCACAUUGACAAAAUUGAGAGAAAAAGUCUAAACGCUGUAUACACUUGCCAAGCUACAAACAGUCAGCUGAUGCAUCCAAUAUCCAGCAGCAUCACCUUGGACGUCAACCUCAAACCGCUUUGGAUGCGCCUUAGGGGCAACAACAAACCACUUUCUGCAACAAAAUCAUACAAAUUGGAGUGCGAAGUGGUUGGCUCACGACCUGAACCCAUAAUUACCUGGUGGAAAGCCACUGCCCAAAUGAAAAAUACACAAGAAGUGACCAGUCCAGAUGGAAAUACAACCACCAGUAUUCUAACUUUCACUCCAACCGUGGACGAUGAUGGCAAAUACAUGUCUUGCCAUGGACAACAUCCGAUUAUCCAAGACAGUGGAAUUGAAAACGGUUGGAAGCUGAAUAUUUACCAUAAACCAUUGGUGACGUUGGAGCUGGGCAGUACCCUGAACGGAAGUACCAUCAAAGAAGGUGUCGACGUUUACUUCGAAUGCAACAUCAAGUCGAAUCCAUGGGUGUACAAAGUUAGUUGGAGGCAUAAUGGAAAACAGCUCUUCAAUAACGUAGCAGGAGGAACGAUCGUAAGCAACCAAAGCCUUGUGCUCCAAUCAAUUACCACAGCAAGAACCGGCCAUUAUACCUGCGUGGGGCAUAACCAAGAAGGGGAUGGGGAGAGUAAUUCCGUUCAGCUGGACGUAAAAUACGCCCCAGUGUGCCGGCCGGAGCAGGUGAGGAUUUUUGGAGUGGCCCGAGAAGAAGUUGCGCAGAUAACUUGCGAAGUCGAAGCCAAUCCCAAUGAUGUGGACUUUACUUGGAAGUUCAAUAAUUCCGCGGAUACUUUCGAAAUAGCGCAAACUCAAAUUUACUCGGUGAAGGACCGAAGUACGGCGAAAUUUAAGCCCAUAACGGAACAGGAUUACGGCACUUUACUGUGCUGGGGAAGAAACGAAAUUGGUAUGCAAAAGGAGCCCUGCGUAUACUACAUUACACCAGCUGGAAAGCCAGACGCCCUUUCAAAUUGCUCAAUCACCAAUCAGACUUCAGACGCAAUCUACAUUGAGUGUUCGGAAGGAUUUGAUGGCGGAUUGCCGCAGAUGUUCGUCAUGGAAGUGUAUGAAAGCAGAGAUGGGAAAUUGGUCAGCAAUAUGACUUGCAGAAUACCAGUUUUUAUAGUAACUGGACUGGAAAGUGGGGCAGGAUUCGACAUAGCACUCUAUGCAGCGAACAAGAAAGGCAACAGUUCGGUGGUGCAUUUAUCGGCUUUUACAUUGAAAGGAGCAGAGAAACAUACUGCGAAAAAUUAUGCGAUGAUCAAACCGGCAGCUCCAGAAAACUGCACCAUAGUCAGACAGCUCUCGUAUCUGAUUCGUCUCAGAUGCCAGGUGGCAAAACGGGCCCUUUUCCAUUCAGGAAACACCUAUUUGAUGCAAGUUUACGAAGCCAAUUCCAGAAUCCUCAUCGGUACCGCCACGUCGCAAAAUCCCGAAGAUAUCACGUUUUCCGAUUUGCCAAUCGAUCCUCACGAUCUUCUGAUAUUUGUUCGCACAAUUGGUCAAAGUUCUCUGACUAGUGAUGCGUUCAUCAUGUACGCUCCAGCUUAUAAAAUUGCGAAAAAUUCUGGCUCAACUCCUGUACUGCUUCAUAUCACACCGUUACUAGGAGGACUUAUCGGGGUGCUGGCCGCACUCGGAAUGGUAGGAAUUAUAGUUAUACUGGUGGUGAAACUACGUAGAAGAGGACACCGAGAUGAAAAGGAUUUUGAUGAUGGAGGAUUGUCUUCAGCAGGCAGGCGAUGUGUUGCAGGCAGUAAUAGUGACAAAGCGAGCACUGAGCCACUGAACAAAGACAUGAACGACAGUGUGGAUAGCUUGGAGGAAAAAAACCCGGACAUCAUUCCCCAGAACAAUGCAGAGGAUGAGUACCAAGACGAAGAACGGGCCUUUGAAAGGUUGAACAACGCUCCCUCUAUGCGAGUCUACAGUCGAUUGCAAAGCCCCAAUCAAACCAAUGGGAGCUAUGGGAAGGCUGUGACUCCUGGGGAAAUAACCUACGCUGAACUGUCUAUAUCCAAUCAACAGAUGCCGCCCCAUGUGAUCUACAAUCAACAUCCACCGUCGGUGGCUUUGAACGUGAUAAGAAGGCAGGAGCCGACAGUGUAUGCUCAAUUGGAUAUGAAGAGGAUACCGCAAAUAAUGCCCCAUCCAGGAGGGUUUCAAACAUUGCACCAUCCUCAUAUGCCGGCCUAUUUGACUAGACCAAUCAGGGACGAUCAUCUGCUCCAGGAUGGAUCUAUAAGUUCCGAGACUCCCUUACUGGGAACUGGAAGCACUCUCUCAUCGCUCAAGGAGAUGAGUGGCUCUAGGACUCCUUCGGUAACCUCAACCCUCCCUCGACCAGUAACGGCGACUAGGUUUUGACCUACUUAAUUAAUAUAUAUUUCGUCCGAAGAAGAACUGGUAUACUUGUAAGCUAGAUUAAAUGAAGAUUUAAUGUACAUUUCUCUAAUAGGGUAAUAACGUUUUAUGUAGGUAUUGGGGAAAAUGAGUGCGACGAUUCUUUUUCCCAGUUUUCACGUUGAUUUUAUAUAGUUUUAAAAUGUGUAUAUUGUUAAACUUUAUAUCUAUCGAUGUACAGGUCAUUUAGCCGAUAGAUCUACCUAUAUAAGGAGUCUCCUAGGUGAAAUACCUGCCAGCAAUUGGAAAAAAUAUCCUGGUGAAGGCAGAAAUAAACAAAAAUUUUGUUUUGCAUACAAAAUUGUUUUUUUGCAUUUUUUCCAAUUUUUGGUUUCUACUUCAUUCAGAUGAUCCAAUUAUGUGUUUGUCAAUACAAUGAAAAUAAAUGUAAUAUUUUUAAA